AGAGCCAGUGAUAACAAAAUGUUGAUAUCUGUGUGUGUGUACCCCGGGUGAGUGUAUGUGUGGGGGAACGGGUUACAUUGGGGUUUAAUGACCGCUUUAUUUUUCUUUCUCUCUCUCACUUAAUCAUGAUGACAAGUGUAUUGACCCGUGGGUUUAUGAAAAGACAGGCAUUCUCGAGAUGCAUCUCGACGACGACAGUGGGUGGAAAACCGAAUUAUGCAUUUGCCUUUGACAUUGAUGGUGUCUUGAUCAAGGGAAAGCGCUUAAUUCCUGAAGCAACUCGUGCGCUUAAAAUGUUGAAUGGGGAUAAUUCAGCCAACAGAAACAUUCCGUUUGUCUUGUUGACCAACGGUGGAGGUGUCACAGAAGAAGAAAAGGCACGACAAAUCAGUGAGAUCGUGGGUGUAAAGAUUGACGCCAAACAAGUGAUUCUAUCUCAUUCACCCAUGCAAAAGUUGGCCUCAAAAUACCGUGAUAAACGUGUCUUGAUUGUGGGAGGCAAAGGUCGACAAUGUUACGAUGUGGCCAAGAAAUAUGGGUUUGGCGAGGCCGUGACCCCACAUGAUAUUAUGCAUUGGAAUAGUUCAUCUUGGCCUCUUGCCAAACCAUCCUCUGAUUUGUCUGUCUUGACCAGUGCUGCGCGAGAGUUUUCAACGCUCCCAAUUCAUGCUGUGAUGGUAUUCCAUGAUACCUACGAUUGGGGAAGAGAUCUUCAAAUCAUGUUGGAUGCACUUUGUUCAAAAGACGGUAUUUUAGGUAGUCGAAAGGGAGAUUAUUCAACACAAGAUGUUCCUCUUUACUGGUCCAACAACGAUCUUAUUUGGAGCACGGAUUUCCCAGCUCCUCGUUUAGGCCAAGGUGCGUUCAAGAUCGCGCUUGAUUCAUUAUACAAAAAGUUGACCGAUCAUGAACUUCAUUCGACGUCGUUUGGUAAACCUCAUGGAGCUACGUAUCGAUACGCUGAGGAUGUGCUGGGUCGUUUAGGAGCUCGAGACCAAGGUCGAGUGUACGCGGUGGGUGAUAACCCCGCUGCAGAUAUCCAGGGAGCAAAUAACUAUGGCUGGACCAGUGUCUUGGUACGUACUGGUGUAUUUGCCGGUGACAACUCGAAAGAAUUUCCUGCCGCCAUGGUAUGUGAUCAUGUGGAAGAAGCUGUAGAGAAAAUCAUUUUUGAUGAAGAGAAGAGAAAAUAAGUGAUGUCAUUGUGGCUUGGUAGGCACAAGGGCGGAGACAUAAAAAAAAAAAGGGCUGUUUAGGGGGCCACACACACAGAGAGAGAGAGAGAGUGCGUUUUUUUUUUAUCUGGUGUGGGGUUUGGAUUAUUUUUAUAUAUAUAAAAGAUUUGACACCUGGGUCG